AUUUAAGGCUCGCACACGCGAGGCUGCGGAGCUACUUCUGGGGCCUCGCGGCUCGCGAUUGCUGCUUGGGUCGUUCGGGUCUUCUCUUUCCACUAUCCCUCUGCCACCGCUCGGGGACCGCGCUCCCGCCGCGUCCCUCUGCAUCUCUUCUUCUUUUCGGCCUUGAACUGAUCCAGGUGGAAGACAGGUCGGCCCGUGGAAAGCCCCGGAAUAGGUAGAGAUAGGCAGGCAGACGCAACAGGUCGGAGCAGGGAGAGGGUCCCGCGGACCCUGCGCCUCUGCGCGGGGGACCACUGAGGAGGUGUCGGAUCUUGAGGGGUUAGAAGAGCUUCCCUGGUGGGUUUGAUUUUAGCUGUGACCCCCGGCACCACACAACCCCCAGCCGGAGGGUCUUCUUCACUCUCAGCUGGAAGGGGAGAAAGAAUCAGCAGAAUGGUCCACGCCUGCUGAUCCGGACUCCGAGCCAAUCUCAGGUCCACCUCCGACCCUGGGCUCCGACUCCACCAACUAGUUGUGCAGCCGCGGGGACUGAACUUUGGGGGAAUCGGCCCUUCCUCUCCUUCUAAGAUUAUUGGAGGAGCUAGAGGGUGGAAGGCGUAGCGGAGACUGACGACCCCGCCACGAUGUUGGUGAAGAAGCUGACAGGAAAAGGAGGGGAACGAGAGCCUGGAUCUGAAGAUCCGCGCCCCUUGGGACAGCGUUGUGCUGGCACCAUGGCCUCGUGCACGGUCCUGGCGACCCUCUUGUCAGUGGUUGCGGUGGUGUUUUGCUUGUAUCUUGGGGUGAAAACCAACGACCUCCAGGCGAGGAUUGCCGCUCUUGAAUCUGCCAAAGGAACCCCUUCCUUUCGUCCACUGACUGACACCAUGGAUCAGCUGAAGGCUAUGGUUCAGGAGAAAGUGGAGCGUCUCUUGGCUCAGAAAUCCUAUGAACACAUGGCUAAAAUAAGGAUCGCCAGAGAGGCACCUUCAGAGUGCAACUGCCCGGCAGGUCCUCCGGGGAAACGAGGGAAGAGAGGCCGAAGAGGAGAGUCUGGCCCUCCUGGUCAGCCCGGUCCCCAGGGGCCCCCUGGUCCAAAAGGCGAUAAGGGAGAACAAGGAGAUCAGGGGCCUCGGAUGGUGUUUCCUAAGAUCAAUCAUGGCUUUCUCUCUGCUGAUCAGCAGCUCAUUAAACGGCGGCUGAUUAAGGGUGACCAAGGACAAGCAGGGCCUCCAGGACCCCCAGGCCCUCCUGGUCCAAGAGGCCCACCUGGGGACACAGGAAAGGAUGGUCCCCGAGGGAUGCCAGGAGUACCCGGUGAACCAGGGAAACCAGGAGAACAAGGCUUGAUGGGACCUCUGGGGCCUCCAGGACAAAAGGGUUCCACUGGAGCACCUGGGACCCCGGGCAUGAAUGGGCAGAAGGGUGAGCCUGGAUCACCUGGAGAAGCAGGGCAGAGUGGACUCCCAGGACCAAAGGGGGAACCUGGAAAAGAAGGAGAAAAGGGAGAUGCUGGAGAAAAUGGCCCCAAAGGUGAUGCAGGAGAAAAGGGUGAUCCAGGAUCAUCAGCUGCAGGAAUUAAGGGAGAACCUGGAGAAUCUGGUCGUCCAGGACAAAAGGGUGAGCCAGGGCUGCCUGGACUGCCUGGACUCCCGGGGAUCAAGGGAGAACCAGGCUUCAUUGGUCCUCAAGGAGAGCCGGGAUUACCAGGGUUACCAGGAACAAAAGGUGACCGUGGGGAGGCAGGGCCUCCUGGAAGAGGUGAACGAGGAGACCCGGGAGCCCCAGGACCAAAGGGGAAACAAGGUGAAUCAGGAGCUAGAGGCCCAAAGGGGUCAAAGGGUGAUCGUGGAGACAAAGGAGACUCUGGAGCUCUGGGACCACGGGGUCCACCUGGGCAAAAGGGAGAUCCAGGAGCUACUGAGAUCAUAGACUACAAUGGCAACCUCCACGAGGCCUUACAGAGGAUUACCACCUUAACUGUCACGGGCCCCCCUGGACCUCCUGGACCUCAAGGACUACAAGGGCCAAAGGGUGAGCAAGGAUCUCCAGGAAUUCCCGGAGUUGAUGGAGAACAGGGUCUCAAAGGCGCCAAGGGAGAUGUGGGGGACCCAGGGAUGCCAGGUGAAAAAGGAGGAAUCGGACUCCCUGGAUUGCCGGGUGCCAAUGGAGUAAAAGGAGAGAAAGGAGACUCUGGGUUGCCGGGGCCUCAGGGUCCUUCUAUCAUAGGCCCACCAGGCCCUCCAGGUCCCCAUGGCCCGCCUGGCCCCAUGGGACCCCAUGGACUUCCUGGACCAAAGGGUGAACCAGGGUUAAAUGGUGUUAAAGGAUUGAAGGGUGAACCAGGUCAAAAGGGUGACAGAGGACCCCUUGGUCUUCCAGGAGCAUCUGGCUUAGACGGAAAGCCAGGAUCCCGGGGUGCAGAUGGUCCCAUAGGACCCCAUGGCCCAGCAGGUCCCAAAGGAGAAAGAGGAGAGAAAGGAACUGUGGGAGAUCCUGGACCCAGAGGACCCUACGGGCUGCCUGGUAAAAAUGGAGAGCCUGGUCUUGAUGGCUUCCCGGGUCCUCGAGGCGAGAAGGGUGACCUGGGAGAAAAGGGAGAAAAGGGAUUCCGUGGCGUUAAGGGGGAAAAGGGGGAGCCAGGCCAGCCUGGCCUGGAUGGGCUGGAUGCCCCUUGCCAAUUGGGACCUGAUGGAUUACCCAUGCCUGGCUGCUGGCAAAAGUGAUGAAUCUAACCUUCCAAGCAUGAAGUUGUGUAUAUAAUGGUCCACCUGUUAUAUUUAUAGUUGAAAAACUGUGACUCGCAGAUUUUGCAAGUGUGGGAUCUGCUCCCCCCCGGCACUGUUUCUCCCUGGUCACAGUAGUACAGACGCCCAUCUCUUCUCACAUCUGAAACUAGGCAAUGUACAGAAGUGAGGAGGCCACAGGAAAUAUAGCUCAGUGUCUCUAUCUUAUGUGAACAUACGUAUUUAUACGGACAUCAGGGACAAAGAAUGAUUGCUCUCGCUAGUUUCCUAUUUGGAGCUUGUUGAUUGCAUGGACAGAAAGUGCCAUGAAAUAGUUUACAUGAAAUCGUGACCAAAUACGGACUCAAAGCUAAGAACGUGUAGCACACAUUUCCCUAGGAACACCCAUUCACGCCCACCGCACCUACUGAAACUGACUAAAACCAGCAUGACCCCGUGCCAACCCUGCUUGUGCAAAUGCAGACGCUUGCAUGCCGCCUCAGAAGUUCUCUGACUACAGCUGAGCCUUUGUUCCUUUUGUCGUCUCAAGGGGGUUACACCGUGGCUCAUUGCCAAAAAGAGAUAAGUUUCUGGAGAGCGCACACACAGUUGGUCUUAUAUUUUGAGGGAGCUGCAGUCCCGACUGUAGAUCCACAGAUCCUAGCAAUGCGGGCUUCGGUGGCCGCCUUGGUUGAAAAACCGAAGGGUUGAGUGGAUUACUGCCACUUGUUUUCCUUGGGCUGCGCUUGGCAGCGAAGACGUCGGAAGAGGACCCGGUUCAGCAUCCUGCACUGUCUCUUGCGUGACCGAGUUGGAAGGAGAUUUAAAACCACGGAAAUCCAGAGGGGCAGGAAUUGUUUUUCUAGAUGAACUGACUUCCCAUGGGUGUUGAUCUCGGUGCUUUGGGAAAAAGUCAGAGGUAAUGCAACUGUGUUUCGGAGACAGCGGAGCCUUGGAAUGGAAGCCCCUGUUUGUGCAGAUCGAAAGGUGCAGACUUGCCAUCAGAGCUCAGACUGCUGAAGAGAGAUCGUGUCCCGAGAAGGGAUCGGACAGAAUAAGCUGUGUUACAAAUGCCGGAAAAUUCUUAGUGCUGGCUCUACCAAAGGUAGCCGGAAAGUGUCCGUCUCUCCCUUCCUUCUGGGGUUGACACAUACCAGUCGCUUUUUUAUACAAGUUCUAGAAACAAAGUGUAGUUUCCAUUCUCUUGCAUACUGUUUGUUUUCUUAGGAACAGAAACUAUUUGCUUCACUUUGGGCCUCAUAGGUUUUUAAACGUUAUUUUUAAGAAAAGUUUUCAAAUCGUGUAAUGAUUUGAAUCCAAUAGUAAAAAUAACCUUUUACCAUCUCCUUUUUUUGUUUAAGAUAAUUGAAGAGAUUAUAGGAAGGCUUUAUUUUUUUUUACUUAAUUCAUUAUAAAGUAUGACAAUUAAGCAUUUUUUCACUACUUUUUGAUUGACGUUGACAAAUUUGUUAUCAACGUAAAGUCAAGAUUUUAUCACAUUUGAUAGCAUGAACUUGCUUCUUCUAGUUUUUUUUCUAUAUUGAAGUUUAUUUCUCAAGUUUUGUUUUUACAUUUCUAAGUGUUUGUCUUAUCCACAGACCAAAUCUGAGAUCUCAGAAAGCCCUGAAAUAUAGUUGCCAGAAAAGGUCUUGUUUUUAUCGACUUGCUCAAAACAUACCAACGAGACUUAGACUGGGCAAUUCCUUGCUGAAUUUGUGGCAUGUUUUGAAAUGACUUAUUUUAAGUAGAAGGGUGGUCUGGAGAAGCACCAUCCAUGGGAGCAGUUAUCCUAGCCGCCCAUUAGAGAAUUUCAUUUCCCUCGGUAAUUGAAUGUUUCUGGGAACAUUUUGAGCUCAGUGCUUAGAUUUUUCACCACCAGAAGGGAAAUUAGUUCAUGCUUAGGCUUACAAGAACAAAGAUACAAUUUCAAAACAGAUCUUAAGAUGUCUUUCAUAUCGUGUAACCAAAUGCUCAGUCAUACAAAUGAUGUCAUCUUUUUUCUUUGUCAUUUCUGAGAUUAGAAUUUAAAUGUUAGAUCAGACUAUCUAGUAGUACUUCUAAUAACAUUCCACACUCCUAA